AUGGUCAACCUCAAGCACUUGGCCGUGGUGGCGGCGGCCCUCUUCUCCUCUGUCCUUGCGGUCCCCAUGGUGGCGGCGAAAGGCCAAUCGGUAGCUACUAGCCAGCAGAGCACCCCUAUCAAGGGAAAGUACAUCAUUGCCCUGAAGCCUGGCCUGAAGACUCGCGACCUCGACACCCAUCUGGAUUGGGUUGACGGCGUCCACAAGCGCGGUCUGAGCGCCCAGCAGUUUCAGGGCGUCGAGAAGACAUACUCGGGCAGUUCUAACUUCCGUGGUUAUGCCGGCCACUUUGACGACGCAACAAUCGCCGCGAUUCGAGAGAAUCCCGAUGAGAACCAUAUUGAGCCUCGGACUGCCCGAGGCGAGAAGACAGUGACUCUGGAAAAAAGGCAUCUGUCUACCCAGCGCAACUCUACCUGGGGUCUGGGAGCCAUUUCGCACCGCAAGCUAGGAUCUGCCAAUUACGUCUACAACGCCAACGCUGGCGAGGGCACCUAUGCCUACGUUGUGGACAGUGGCGUCCUCAUCUCACACCAGGAGUUUGAGGGCCGCGCCGAGGUCGCCUACACGGCUUUUGAGAACGAGACGGCGGAUACCUUUGGCCACGGCACGCACGUCGCCGGCACCAUCGGCGGGAAAACGUACGGUGUGGCCAAGAAGACCAAGAUCCUCUCUGUCAAGGUCUUCCAGGGCCGCCGCUCGGCCACGUCCAUAAUCCUGGGCGGCUUCAAUUGGGCCUGCAACCACAUUGUCGACAAGAGACGAACCGAGACAGCUGUCAUCAACAUGUCCCUAGGAGGCAGUUAUUCUGCCCUCUUCAACCUAGCGGUUGAGACGGCCUCCGAGUCUGGUGUCAUAUCCGUCAUCGCGGCCGGAAACGAGGGCGAGGAUGCCAGCGACGUAUCUCCAGCUUCGGCCCCCAGCGCCAUCACGGUCGGUGCCAUCGGCGUAAACUGGACGAUGGCCGAUUACUCCAACUACGGUCCAGUCGUGGACAUCUUCGGCCCCGGUUCCAAAAUCACCUCUGCCUGGAUCCGCAACAACACCGACACCAACACCAUCUCGGGCACUUCCAUGGCGACGCCGCACGUCGUCGGCCUUGCCUUGACCGCCAUAUCCGUUGACCACGUCACGGGCGUGGCCGACGUCACCAAGCACCUCAAGGAGACGGCGACCAAGGACCAAAUCACUGGCGACCUCAAGGACUCGCCUAAUCUAGUGGGCAACAACAACAAUGCUCACGGUUCUGACGAGUGA